ACGAUUCUCUUGACAUCUCCAGCUAAACUUCUGGAAGAGCUGCCGCAGCCUCCCACAAUCACCCAUCAGUCGCCGAAGGACUACAUCGUAGAUCCGCGCGAGAACAUCGUCAUCCACUGCGAGGCCAAAGGGAAACCGCAUCCCAGCUUCUCCUGGACCAGGAACGGGAUGCAUUUGGACAUCGAUAAGGAUCCUAAAGUCCUGAUGAAGCCCCACUCAGGGACGCUGGUGAUGGACAUCAGCGGAGGAGAGCGGGCCGAGGCGUACGAGGGCGUCUAUCAGUGCUCCGCUCACAACGAGCUCGGCACCGCCGUCUCCAACAGCAUCAUCAUCCGCCAGUCCAGAUCUCCUCUGUGGUCUAAAGAGAGAAUCAGUCCAAUCAUUGCACAGAAGGGACAGUCUUUGAUUCUGCACUGCCGCCCCCCCGCCGGCCUCCCGCCGCCCAUCAUAUUCUGGAUGGACAACAAUUUCCAGCGUCUGCCGCAGAGCCGGCGUGUGUCUCAGGCUCUGAACGGAGAUCUCUACUUCUCCAACGUCCAGCCGGAGGACUCCAGGAGCGACUACAUCUGCUACGCCCGCUUCCCGCACGCGACCAUCCAGCAGAAGCAGCCCAUCAGCGUCCGUUGUGUUUCAGUGGAUUCACUCAAUGACACACUGGCAGAUUAUUUCAAUGACACUGAUUUGUUUAGUGGAAAUCUGGUUCUGGCUCCGAAGGAGAUGGGCAUCAUCACGUGCCGGGCCGCAGGACACCCCAAACCCAGCAAGUCCCUGGCGGUGAAUGGUCUGCCCAUCCAGGAUGCUCCUAAAGACCCCAGCAGGAGUGUGGAAGGAGACACCCUCAUAUUCUCCGAGGUCCAGACGGGCUCCAGCGCCGUUUACCAGUGUAACGCCUCCAACCAGUACGGAUACUUGCUGUCCAACGCAUUCGUCAACGUACUGGCGGAGCCGCCCAGAGUCCUGACGCUGCCUAAUAUAGUCUAUCAGGUCAUUAUGAACAAACCCGCGCUGCUGGAGUGUGUGACGUUCGGCUCGCCCGUCCCCACCAUCACAUGGUUUAAGGACAGCCGCUCCAGCAUGUUGGAGGGAAAUGCUUAUGUCUUCCAUGAGAACGGAACGCUGGAGAUCCACAUGUCUCACCCCUCGAACAGCGGGAAAUACACCUGCGUGGCCAGGAACAGCCUCGGCCUCUCGGAGAACCACGUCUACCUGGAGGUCAAAGAGCCCACCAGGAUCCUGAGGCCGCCGGAGUACCGGGUGGUCCAGAGGAACCGGGACGUGGUGUUCGAGUGUAAAGCCAAGCACGACCCGUCCCUCGUGCCCACCAUGACCUGGCUGAAGGACGACAGGGAGCUGCCUGAUGAUGAGAGGUUUAGAGUGGACUCGGACAGUCUGACCAUCACAGAUGUCACAGAGAGCGACGCGGGGAGGUACACGUGUAUCAUGAACACCACGCUGGACCAGGACUCGGCCAGCGCUCAGCUCACGGUGGUCGAGGCCCCGCCCACUCCUGCGGUAAUCUAUGAGCAGCCGGGAGUGCCAACCGAUCUGGAGCUGACAGAUCAGGAAGCGAGAAGCAUUCAGCUCACCUGGAUACCUGGAGAUGAACACAACAGCCCUAUCAAGAAGUUCCUGAUCCAGUAUGAGGAUGCUCUCCAUCAGAGCGGCGUGUGGCACAAUCUGACGGAGGUUCCUGGAACCAAGACCACGGCUCACCUGAAGCUCUCUCCGUACGUCCACUACAGCUUCAGAGUGCUGGCGCUCAAUGAAGUGGGCUUCAGCCGUCCCAGCAUGCCCUCACGCCAGUACAGGACCAGCCCCGCAGCUCCUGACGAGAACCCCACUGAGGUCAAAGGUCACGGCACCGAACACAAUAAUCUGGUCAUCACGUGGAAGCCGCUGACGCCUCUGCAGGCCAAUGGUCCCGGCCUGCAGUAUAAGGUCAUGUGGCGUCAGCAGGACAUGGAGAAGGACUGGACGUCAGUCAGCGUGGCUAACGUCUCUAAGUUUGUUGUUUCGGGGACGCCCACGUUUGUGCCCUACGAGGUGUCGGUUCAGGCGGUGAAUGAUUACGGUCCUGGACCCAAACCUGGCGCUGUGAUCGGAUACUCCGGAGAGGACUUUCCGUCGGCAGCUCCGGGUGACGUGCGGGUCCUGGUGCUGAACAGCACGCUGGCUGAGGUGCGCUGGAGCCCCGUUUCGCCCGAAUCCGUGCGCGGGCGACUGCAGGGCUAUAAGGUGCAUUACCAUCGAGAGCACAGUUUACACCGACACAACUCUCAUCACGGCAAACAGAGGACUGAGAUCUUCAGCCCCAACAAAACCAGCGGGAAACUGCCUGACCUGCUGCCGUACAGCGUCUACAGCCUGGAGGUGACGGCCUUCAACAGCCGAGGAGAAGGUCCCUCCAGCGUCCCGCAGCGCUUCGAGACGCCUGAAGGCAUUCCAGGCACGCCGUCCUUCUUCAAGGUUUCUGCUUUAGAUCUGGACUCUCUGACGCUGGAAUGGGGUCCACCUCACGAGAGGAACGGCCGUCUGUCCGGCUACACCUUUAAAUAUCAGACCGUCGACAGCAAAAAUGAUUUAGGUCUGCUAGAGGAGCUGGAUCUGCCGUCCAAUCAGAGCAGCCUUACGCUGCACAACCUCCCUCACAGCACACGCUACAAGUUUUAUAUCAGUGCCAGAACGCAGAGAGGAGCCGGUCCCACGCUCACCGAGGAGGCCGUCACCGUCCUAGACAGAGCGCUGUCGGUCACUCCUGCAUUUGGGAACGUCAGUUCAUCUGUGAGCGAGGACGGAGCUCUAAUCAGUUGGGAAUACUGGGGCCCAGAGAAACACCUUUAUGUUGAAUAUAUUAUAGACAACAGUGAUCAAGACUGGCAGAAAGAGAAGGUCAACGGCUCUCAGUUCCACGUUCUUAAGGGUUUGAAGAAAGGUUUGGCCUACAAGGUGCGUGUGGUGGCCCGGGGUCAUGAUGACCGAGCGGUCCAUCACUCUGAGGAGCUGUUGGUUAAGGUCCCAGCGAUGGUGAGUCCGCAGGUGGACAUCGCCACUCAGGGCUGGUUCAUCGGUCUGAUGUCGGCCAUCGCUCUGCUCAUCCUCAUCCUGCUCAUCAUCUGCUUCAUCAAGAGGAACAAAGGUGGCAAAUAUCCAGUUAAAGAGAAGGAAGAUGCUCAUGGAGACCCGGAGAUCCAGCCCAUGAAGGAGGAUGAUAUCACGUUUGGAGAGUACAGUGACGAGGACCAUAAACCGCUCAAAGGGAGCCGAACUCCGUCCGGCGGAACCGUUAAGCGCGACGGCAGUGACAACAGUUUAGUCGACUACGGAGACUCUGGAGACACGGAGUUCAAUGAGGACGGCUCGUUUAUCGGACAGUAUAGCGGGAGGUCGGAUAGAGACACGACACACGACAGCUCCGAGCCGCCGUCUCCGGUGAACGCCAUGAACUCAUUCGUAUAUACACCCACUCAUUAA